AGGGGUGUGUGCACCCAGGCACCUUGCUACUGCAUUAUUAUGGAGUACUGCCCCUAUGGCCAGCUGUAUGAGGUGUUACGGGAUGGCAAGGAGAUCCCGCCAACUCUGGUGUUGGACUGGGCUAAACAGAUAGCCAGCGGGAUGAACUAUUUACACUCACACAAAAUUAUACAUCGAGACCUCAAGUCCCCAAAGUAACAAUUGCCAUAAUUGAUUUUUCAUUCAUUUUUUAAAAUUGAUUCUUUUAUGUCAAUCAGCUAUAUCAAGUAUGGUUAAACUAAAUAAUGGGAUCAUGAUGUUAUUGUUACUUGAAAUUUUAAAGUAGUAAGCUGCCAAUGCCUAUUGAAAAAUUAUAUUACAAGAGCAUCAGUUUCCUGCAUUUGAAAUAGUUUUUUAAAAUAAUAAUAACUUUAAAAAAUAUCUUAUAUACAUUUGAAAAUAAUACAAUGAGGGAUAAACUAUUUAAAAGAUUGAUUUUAAUACACAUUUUAGGGUAAAAAAUAUUUUGGAAAUGUUAUUCUGAGAAUUUUGUUGUUUCACCUCAACAGCGUGCUGGUUGCUUCCAAUGAUAUUGUAAAAAUCUCAGAUUUUGGAACUAGUCGAGAGUGGAACGAGAAAAGUACCAAAAUGUCUUUCGCUGGAACCGUCGCCUGGAUGGCACCCGAGGUUAUUAGAAAUGAAAUGUGCAGUGAGAAGGUGGACAUUUGGUGA